GAUCAGUGCAGAAUGUAAAUACACAAAGAAGGCCUCCAUGUUCAGCACAGCCUCAAACCCACGCUUUUACUGUGCUACACUGUGUUACACUGUAGCGCUGAGGAUGAUACAGGGCUGUGCGGCGUUGCUGUGUGCGGUAUGAGGUAGCUGUGCUGGUUUUAUAGCCGGUUUAUACAGUGUUUCAGUUUAGGCAGGUUGUGGUUCCGGCAUGGGGAGCUGCUCAGAGCUGGCGGCGGAGAACCGCAGCGGGGACCGCGGGGAGAAAUCACCCAAACCGAGCCCUGCAGUCCCGCAGCGCGCCCCGUCUGCUCACCGGAGACCCGGGACCACAGCAGCAGCAGGUCGCUUACUGACUUUCCUAAGGAUGGUGUGACAAUGUGACUGGAAGCCACUCAGCAGCAGCAGCAGCAGGUGUCUGGAAGCUAAUAAGCCAAAUACCAAGAUUGGUCAGUCAUCCAAGCCGUUCAGUAACCGUGGCAAGCAGGAGGACUGAAGCAGUGCCAUGAAGAUGGUGAAUUCCAGAUCUGCCUUCUUCCUGGGCUUCCUGGUGGGCUCCUGCACCCUGUACUUCUUCCUGAGGCAGGUCUCGUUUGAGCAGAAUUUCAUCCUGUGGCACGGAGGUCAGCGGGAUGGAGCUGCAUUGAUAACGACAAAUAAUCCAAACUGGAGGAUAGAAGGAUCUGCACUUAUCAACCUGAAUCAUCCUCAUCAUUCAGAAGAGGACAGCAGAGUUGCAGACGAGCUCUAUAAAAAGGUGCGUAUCCUGUGCUGGGUUAUGACCGGGCCCAGCAACCUGCAGUCGAAGGCUCGUCACGUGAAGGCCACGUGGACUCGUCACUGCAAUACUGUGCUUUUCAUGAGCUCUGUGGAGGACCACAGCUUCCCCGCCGUGGGCCUGGGCACGGGGGAGGGCCGGGACCAGCUGUACUGGAAGACCAUCCGUGCCUUCCAUUACGCUCUGAAGAACCACGGAGAGGACGCGGACUGGUUCCUCAAAGCGGACGAUGACACCUUCGUGGUGGUGGACAACCUGCGCUGGGUCCUGUCCAACUACUCGUCCGAGGACCCUGUCUACUUCGGCAAGCGCUUCAAGCCCUACGCUAAGCAGGGCUACAUGAGCGGCGGUGCCGGCUACGUGCUGAGUAAAGAAGCUCUGCGCAGGUUCGUGGAGGGGUUCAGCACUAAGGUGUGCACUCACACUACCUCGGUGGAGGACCUGGCCAUGGGUCAGUGUUUGGAGAAGAUGGGCGUGCUGGCAGGAGACUCUCGAGACUCUCUACACCGUGAGACGUUUCAUCCGUUUGUGCCGGAGCAUCACCUCACUGGCAAGUUCUCCAAGAGCUUCUGGUACUGGAACUACUGCUUUUAUCCUAUUGUAGAGGGUCCUCAGUGCUGCUCUGAUCUGGCCGUGUCCUUUCAUUACGUGGACCCGGAGCUGAUGUACACUCUGGAGUACUACAGCUACCACCUGCGGCCCUACGGCUACCAGCACCGCUACCAGCCCCCAGCUCCCCUCAUCCUCAACAAAGCAGCCCAGACUGAGAGGACAGUCCUGCCCACUGUGAAAAUACCUCCUCCACUACCAAAGGAGCCUGAAUCAUCCAAGUUACACGGACGAGCGGAGACACAAACUGUGGCUAAAGCUGUUCCGGAGAGAAAUCCAGCAGACAGCAGCCCCGCUCCCGUUCAGGAGAGCCAGGGCUAGCCUGGAAGAGGCUGAUAUGAUUGUGUGGGACGUGGGCGACGGAGAAUGUAUGCAUGGACGGUAUACUGAAACAGACCAUUAGCCUUCUGUUAGUAGCACCAUAUUAAUACUUAUUGUCUCUGGAACAAUAAGUUCAUAUUACUUCAGUAUGACCAAUGGUUUUAUGGCUGUUCUGCGUUUGUGAUAGCUCUGCUGAUUCAGGGAGAGUAAAGCCAGUAUGAAUUAUACUGUGUAGCUGAUGAUGCUCACUGUAGCCGGAUGUACCGCAGCCUCCUACACUGCAACAUGAGAUUUACAGCAAACCACUGAGAUAUUUUUGUACUGAGAAACUGGUAGCAACCUACAGUGGAAACCACACUGACCACACUGUUUCUGAGCAUAUUUAAAAUAUUUUGCUUAAAGUUUGCAAAUCAAGUCCAACACACGUUUUGCUUUCUGUGUUUUUGGCAAGAGCUGUAUUAAUAAAUAGAUUGCAGUAUAAUUUCCAUACUGUAAGCAAGCCAGUACAGCUCUGGAAAUAAUAUACAGCUAUGAGACCACUUCAGUUUCUGAUUCAGUUUCUCUGAUUUUGCUAUUUAUAGGUUUAUGUUUGAGUAAAAUGAACAUUGUUGUUUUAUUCAAUCCUUUAUUACAAAUUCCAAAUAAAAAUAUUGUCAUUUAGAGCAUGUAUAAAAAAGAGCUUUAAGACCUCAAAUAAUGCAAAGAAAACAAGUUCAUAGUUCAGAAAUCAAUAUUUGGUGCAAUAACCCUGCUUUUUAAACACAGUUUAAAUCAUGCAUCUUGGCAUGUUCUCCUCCACCAGUCUUACACACUGCUUUUUGAUAACUUUAUGCCUUUACUCCUGGUGCAAAAAUCCAAGCAGUUCAGCUUAGUUUGAUGGCUUGUGAUCAUCAAGCUUCAUCUUGAUUAUAUAUCAGAAGUUUUCAGUUUGGUAAAAUCAAGAAACUCAUAAUUUUUUCCAGAGCUGUAUAUUGGGUUAGUUUACCCAAAGUUUUAACCAAUCAGAAAAGUGGCAUCUAUUGACAGAGUACUACACUGCAAAUCUAGAGGUCAGGGUUUAAACACAAGACAAUAAAUAAACCGAUAUGAAUUAAACACCAAUCUUUACAAGUAAACAGGAGAUUUGAUUGGUCAGCAAAUAAUUAAUGCAUUUGACAACGCAGAAAUCAAAACCAUUGAAAUCAAAAUCCAGUUAAAACUUAACACAGUGUAACAGUUCAUCAGUUUCAGACUUGGUGUGAAAGGGUCUUUAGUUUACUGAGCACCAAUUUCCAUAUUAACUAAUUUAUGCAAACUUUCUUUGUUGUUUCUUUUCCUCUUUCUAAAACAUGAACACACUUAAUUGUGCUCCCCAAAAUGGGGAAGUUCUGGAGUUUAAUUCACAGAGAAGAAUUUCUUAUUCCUCCUAUUGGACAGGCUGGACUUUAGGCUUAAGUUAGGAGGCAAAACUAAGAAAUCCUGCAUUCUUACCACUGCUUUUUUUUUCCUUUUUCAGGAGCAUCAAUCUAAUCAUCUUUAAUUUAAUUAAAUUUAAAUAAAUUCUCAAUUUAGUCACUAUAUUAUAAAUCCAGUCCAAAAAACUGUCCAGCAUUGUAUUUUGCUAUUGGUUGCAGGCUUUCUUAAUUUGACUUUUUUGCACUUUUUACCUCUCUAAAGGAUCAAAACUGUGUGUUUGUUUCUGUGAGAUGCAUUAAAGCUGAUGGAUUGUAAGUGUCAGAGGAAGAUUAAGCUGUCAGUCUGUCUCAGCCUCUGUAAUUCUGCAGAUCGGUGUCAGUUAAAGGUACGGUAAGUAAUUUAGUUUCGUGUCAGUUGUGUGAUAGUUUGUGUUUUGGUGGCUUGGUGCUGAGCCACAGGGUCACAGGGUGGGUCGGCUGGACUGAAGAUGCAGGAGGCCUUUCCCCAGUUUAUGAACUGAACGUAUACGUCUUAAUAUAUCAUUUAUACAGACUGUCACAAAAAUAAUAUUUACUUGUAUCCCUUUUUUAAGGGCUCUUCUACUAUUGUAUGUUUUGCGUGUUACAUCUGAAGCCUUAACCUGUGUGAACUGGCUGUGCGGAGAUGUAGCUAAUGGAAUAAAAGCGGGUUUACAGUG